CGGUGAACAAAGUGUCUGAAGUGAUAAAUGCAAUGGGAGAAGCAUCAGCCUCCGCACAAGGGUUGAGUAAACCCAUAACAACGGCGGAAAGGCUGAGAAAUUCUGACCAAACCGUAUAUCUCCUUGUAGAUGACAAAGCCCACGAUGGAAGAGGAGCAGUCACUGGCAUGUUGAAAACUGGCAAAAAAGGCCUGUACGUUUUCGAUCGUAAUGGUCAACAUUAUCAAGUGAGUCCACCAUGCGUGCUGGACUUUUACGUACAUGAAUCAAAACAGAGACAGGGUUUAGGAAAGAAAUUGUUUGAGCACAUGCUAGAGAAAGAAAAGGUCGAGCCUGUAAAGAUGGCAAUAGACAGGCCCAGUGACAAGCUUCUGGGAUUCCUCAACAAGCAUUACGGCUUGCAGAGUCCGGUUAAGCAGAUGAACAAUUUUGUCGUUUUCGACGAAUUCUUUCCGAAUCGACAGGCAAAGGAAGACGGCGAUAGUAACAGGGCAAUUUCAUCUCGAACUAGAGGGGCUAAUGGCUUGCAGAGUUCUCCUGCUUCGUCUUCCCCAUAUGGGCGCUAUGGGGCACCUAGACCUCCUUGCAGUAUGGGGCAGAUAAUACAUAAUCAAACUUCAGUCUUAUCAAGAGCUAGUGAACCAACUGGUGUAGGUCUAUUCCAACCGAAUUCGCUCAAUGUAGGCUACCAAAGUCCAGUACCUGUACACACAACUGUAAGUGCACCUGCAGCUUACUAUACUCAAGCUCCAUAUGGUCAAAGCCACCCUAUUGCUCCAGAACAAUCAAAUCAUCAAAGCGCAAGACAAGAAUUAGUUGAAGCAAUAGACAGGAAUUUUUGCGAAUAUCCCCCACGACAAAAAACCGGGCAAGUGCAGGGUUAUCCAAAUCCAGAUCCAAAUACCCUAACCACACAGCAAAGUUCGCCCAAUACAAAUCAACUAAAUCCAACUCAAAUAGACAAUAGUAAUCAACAUCAUGAACAUUACAACAAUCAACCAAAUUCUGAAACUACAAACAUUCAACAAGCCACGCAUCACCAACAAGACCCUCAACAGGUUAUGCAAGAUUCUAAUGACAUUCAACAACAAAGCGAUCAACCAAAUCAAAUGCAUCAAUUGUCAAACAAUAACUACGCACAGCCAGGACAACAAACUCAAGUUGUUUGUGAUUCUAAUUACCAACAAGCUACUCUUAAUCAGCAAAUAAUGCGUCCAGAAUAUCAACAAUUAAAUACUCAAAAUGUCCAGCAAACAGGACAACAGCAGGUCGUUAUGAAUCAAACAAUACCACAACAUCAAUACGAUCAGCAACUUAUUGAUCAACAAAUGAACCAACAAUAUGUACAUCCCGGUCAGAAUGCUCAAUAUUCUCCAACCAUAUCUCAAACCAAUCAAGGGGGCUUUUCUCCUCAACAAGACACUACUCAAACUGCUUCUCCUAAACCAGUUUACACAAACCAAGUUGAAGACUAUAACCAACAUUAUCAGCAACAAGUAGCACAAUUGGCAAAUGAUAGUAUUCCACAUGGUUAUGAACAACAAGGUCAAAAUGCAAGCUACACUCAAAAUCAGAUUCAUCAACCGAUGGUGAAUUACGACCCGAAUCAACUAACUCACGUUCCAGAAACGACAGAUGCGAUGCCAGUUUAUAAUAUGUCCCAGAAUCCUUACUAUCGUCAACCUAGUCAACAUGUGACAAACUCCACUCCGUAUAUUCAAAAUCAAGUUGCCGAAACUAACAAUCAACUGAAUAAUUCAAUCGUACGGGAAGUUACAGAAACAUCCAAUCAACAAAAUCUCUCCAAAUAUGUUCCUAGAAACGCCUUUGGACUACAAGAGCCCGAUCCAAGGCUCCAAAAUUAUUUGGACAAUCAAUAUUCAAAUAGAGAAAAGAAGAAUAUGAAAAUGUCAGGGUUGCAAGAUGUUGAAUCCAUGGACCAGAUUUAUCAACAGCAGGAGAUAACGCCACAACGUAAUGCAUUCACAAUGCAUCACCCCCAAAGAAUUAAUACAUCUCACAGCGUAGCACAUGUUAAAAGACAAAGGGGUGGUGGUGGAGAGCAUUACGAGCAGCAGAAUGUAGUCAUGCGAUCUGCUAGUGGAAAUAUUCACAAUCAAGCAGGCAAUGUUACACAGGAUAUUGGCCAACAACAACAGUAUGUGCAGCACCUACAACAACAACAAAAACAGUUGCAGGAGCCAACCCGCCCAACUUUGAAGAAGCAAGAUUUCCAAAGCACCCAUCAGCAACCACUGGAACAAACCCAACGAUUACAAACUCAUCAGCAGCAGAUCAUAUUACCAGAAACUCAACAAGUUCAGCAAGAAAAUCAACAUCGAUUACAACAUGCACAGUCAUUGCAGAGCCAGCAGCGGAUUGUUCAACAAGAGCAACAGAAUCCUCAUUUGCUACAGCAGCAGCAACUACAACAGGGUCAAGAAGUGUCGCAGACGUCACCAUUGCAUCAACAACACAUUAAUCAAUGGCAACAACAAGAAUUACAACGAGCUCAGCAUUUGCAACAACAACUCCAAUUGCAGCAGGUUCAGGAAUUGCAACAAAAGCAACAGUUACAGCACACUCAGCAAACACAACAAGCUCAAGAGUUGCAACAGCAACAACAGCUCCAACAGGCUAUGGAAUUGCAGCACCAGCAACAUUUGCAGCAAGUUCAGCAGCUACAACCUGAAGAAUUACGACAAAGACAACAAUUACAUCAAACUCAGCAAAUGCAUCAUCAACAGGGUUUGGAAUUGCAGCAACAGCGGCUUCAAGAAAUGCAACAUCAGCAACGUUUACAGCAAAAUCAACAAAUACAACAACAACAAGAAAAGCAGCAGCAACAACAAAUGCAGCAGCAGCAACAACAAUUGCAGCAGCAACAACAAUUGCAGCGGCAACAACAAACGCAGCAGCAACAACAAAUGCAACUGCAACAACAAAUGCAACAGCAACAACAAAUACAGCAGCAGGAACAAAUGAAGCAGCAACAACAAAUGCAGCAGCAACAACAAAUCCAGCAGCAGCAGCAACAAACACAGCAGCAACAACAAACACAGCAGCAACAACAAAUACAGCAGCAACAACAAACACAACCGCAACAACAAAUGGAGCAGCAACAACUACUACAGCAUCAACAACAAAUACAGCAGCAGCAACAACAACAACAAGUACAGCAGCAACAACCACUACAGCAACAACAGCAAAUGCAGCAGCAAAACCAAAUGCAACACACUCAACAGUUAUUAUCGUCAACACAACAGAUGCAGCAGCCUGAACAUCUUGAACAACAAGUUCAACAGCAAAUGCCAGUACGGCCACAACAACAGUUGGUUCAGGUACCAGAGCAUCAGCAGCAAUUGGGACGACAACAAGGGCAAAUCCUACAGCCUCCAGUGCAUCAACAAACACUACAAGAAAGUCAAAAACAACAGCAACAGGAAAUUCAAUAUCAACAAACUCAACAAGGAAACCAACAACAACAACAACAGGAGCCCCAACAAACUCAGAAAUAUUUACCACAACAUGAAGUACAAAAUCAACAAGCACAAUAUGAGCAACAGUUGCAACAGCAAAAGGCCCAACAGCAUAUUGUAUAUCAACAACAGUUACAGCAGCAGCAACUGGAACAGCAGAAGAUUCAACAACUUCAUCAACAACAAUUGGAACAACAGCAAUUACACCAACAACAAUUAUUACAACAGCAACAGCUUUAUCAGCCUCAAUCGCUGCGACCACAGCAGUCUCAACCACAACCUCAACAUAAUGUAACUCAUCUACAGCAAUCUCACCCACAUCACGUAUCACAACAACACCAGGUAGUAUCGCAAAAUUACAUUCCUCAGCAACAAAUAUCCGUACCAUCACAUCAGUCUGUUUCUGUGCCAAACACAAAUCUAAAUCCUACAGGUUAUACAAAUUACGCUACUACAACAUUACAUCAGACACAAUCAAAUACUCAACCCAUUGUAAGAAAACAGCAAGAAAACGCUCAUCAAAAAGUUACCCUUUACGGUCUGCCUGAGUCAGCUCGUUACACUCAAUCGACGCCAACAUUCUCUCAGAAACCACCGAAUGGAUCCAUUCCAAUUAACCAAUCACCAGCAACCAACAGGGUGCUCCCACAAAAGCAAGAAAGCCUUCGAAACGGGCUCGAUUUAGAUUUAAUCACUAAAAGGACUUUUGUAAGAAAUCCAAAGCCAAAUACUGGAAACAAAACUCAGUUACCACCUCAAAAUCAACAGAGCCCUAAUCAGCAAUCCAACACGGUUCAAGCUUUUCAAUCUAAUCCUGUCGUACAGCAAAGAUACGAACCGCAGACUCCAAUUGUUUCACAACCUCCCCAAAUGCAACCAACUCCCCAAGUUCAAAAUGCACCUCAGAGAAAAGCGACUCAAAAUGUUCAGGUUGAGAAAUUAGGAAAGAAUGAAUUUAUAGCCGUAAAUGAUAAAUCCAUCUUCCGAAGGGAUAGUCCAAAGAGGUAUAUUAAGCCUACUACUAUGACCAAAGGAAUGUCGGAUUUUUUGACAAGAGCUAAAUUUGAAAACAUGAUACAAAGAUCAGCAGCUGCAGGGGAUAUGCAGGCUCCUCUAAGGAAAGCGUCCCUAGCUCCACGACGUGUUAAAUAAUAUUCUGUUGUCCCAAAUAGCCUCCCAAUAAUUUGCAGUCGCACAUUAGUUUAAUUACCAAAUUCCAGUGAUGUUCAGCCCGAGGCCGAAGACAGUCAAGAAGAGGAUAAGCCCAAAUUGGAACGUCCUUCAUCCCUGUCUCUUACUACAAGCGAAGAACAGAACGAACUCGAUGGAAACGACGGUGCUGAAAAUGGCGAGGUACAGAAUGCGGAAAAAGACCAAUCCAAUGAAAGAGAGGAAAAAGCUAUCGAAAACGGUAU